AUGUCUUCACAGCUUUCCUAUCUCGAGUUAGCGGCAUCAAACUUGAAUUCGCUCCCCAAUGACAUCCUAAAAUGGAGUCCACGUCUAGAUUCUGCAUUACUGUUCUUCAACCAGCUCUCAUUCAUCAAUGUAAGUUAUUGUGGCAUGGCCGACACUGUAGACACAGGGAUAUCCCUGGUAGACAUGAGUGGUAAUCGACUGCAACACCUUACAGCGAGAGAUUUCACCUUUGUGUGCCACACUGAUAUUCUAGAUCUUACAGACAACCCUAUCAGAUCAGUAGACCCUGAUGUGAUCGCAUCACUACAUGUUCGCUCUUUGAUGCUAGGUCGCUGCUAUUUGAGUUACGAGGUGUUGGCAAACAUCAUCCUCGGAAUCUCAAAAUCAGACAUCGGAGAGCUUACAAUCGAGGAAGGCUCUGUUGACUCUCAGCUUCGGCUGAAGAACAUAUGGAGUUCAACUGCAAACGCGUCUGUUUUCGAUGGAUUAUUGGAUCUUAUUCAUUUGGACUUGAGUAUUAACCCUCUCCUGAGUGAGGAGAACGAUUUACCGCCAAGGAUAUUCCAGCAACUCUCUGUUUUACAAGAGCUAAAUCUAGACUACUGCGAUAUUAAAAAUCUUCAUCCUCUUGUCUUCUCGGGAUUGGAAUCACUUCAGAAGUUAAGUUUGGAGGGAAACAACAUCCAUCAUAUUCAUGAUGAUGUAUUGUCGGGGUUGGAUCAAAUACAAAAUAUCAACUUUGAAGGAAACCGUAUUGCGUACUUGGAGGAGCUAAUGUUCUCACAUAACUGGAAGCUCACAAAUCUUUCCUUGGCCGACAACAGAUUAACGCGCCUUAAUCAAAGCACUUUCAAGCCGAUCUUUUCCUCCAUUUCAUCACUUGAUCUAUCAAUGAACCCAAUUGAUUGUAACUGUGAUCUAAAGUGGCUUAUUGAUUGGUUAAAUGAACAUAUAAGCCUGAAAAACAAGGACGAAACUAUUUGUUCGUCAGCAUCUCUGAAGCCUCUUCGUGAGAAACCCCUGCUUGAGUUUGAUCCAAAUGAACUAUGUAUAAUAAACAAUGGUAUAUUCUCUCUGAUUCCCCUCGUCUCCAUUAGCUUGGUUGCCAUCAGCGUGCUGUUGUAUCACUACCGAUGGCAGUUGAGGUACAAACUGUUUCUCUUGAAACUGGCCAUACUGGGCUAUAAAGAGAUGCGAGACGUUCGUGACCACAAUGAUUACGAGUUUGACGUGAACAUAAUUUUCUACGACGAUGACGAAGAAUGGAUUCGUGAACAGCUCCGACCAGCUCUCAAAGAACGGCUUCCACAGUUUCAGAGGAACGUCUUUGGUGAUCAAGACCUUGUGUUGGGUAUGCAUUACUUAGAAUCCGUCGAUUAUGUGGUGAGCCAUAGUUACAAGACCAUCAUAGUGAUUAGCAGAGCUGCUGUGCACGACCACUGGUUCAUACUCAAGUUGCGUACGGCCAUGGACCACGUGAGUGACACUCUGACAGAAUUCGUAGUCGUGGUUUUCCUCGAAGACAUCCCAGAUGAUGAAAUGCCAUUCUUGGCGAGGUUGUACCUCAAUGAUGGCAGACCCUAUAUUCACUGGACUGAGGAAGUGAGAGGACAAGAUUGUUUCUGGGAUAAAUUGACCAAACAUCUGUCAAUUAAUCUAAGGACGAAUGACUUCAUCCCAAACGAGUAG